AUAGGCAACUUGAUCAGGGGGUGUUGCGCCAUUUAGGCUAGCUUUUGAAAUCAAUCUUAACCAGCCUCUUAAGAUAAAAAAAAAAAAAACGACCCGAAACUGCAUUUGUGCGUUAGAAAAUAAAAGGUAUCGCUGCGUUGUGUGAUCAUGUCAACAUGCUUUUACUUAGGCUACAUCUCUUGUUCCUCCGAAGGUCACGAGAUUUAAUGAAGACAAAAUGCGCCACCGCAUGUUGGUGAGAUCAAGCGCGUCUGGAGUUUCUGCGGGGAGCUGGAUUGAAGGAAGAACUAAGGCUGUGACGGAACCCGCAUUGCAUCACAGAAUCGUUGCCCAGCCACCACUUGAGCUACAGGCAGCAUCUAUUCGGUUUAUUUUUUCUGUGAAAAAACAGCAUGCCUUAUGAAGGGAUGUUGCUGCUGUAUGGACACCUUGUAGCAUGUUGUUUUUUAAACAGUUAAGCAUUCGUUACAUUGUUGUAAACUUUUUGGUUUCAGUGAAUAUACUAGAUUUUGCUACGCCGAGUCAUCAGCAGCAACAGGGCGUAAAAAAUCAACAAUUAAGCUGAACGGAGUAACCUGUUUGCAGUACAGUUACAAACAGCGUUAAAGUUCUCAGCCCUUACUCGCAGAUUGAAAGAAUUUGUGGAAAUAAUUAAUGCAUCAUUUCCGCUAAAUGGAUCAGCGUAGGUGACGGUCGGAUUAUUGCCUUUUUGAGGAGAUCUGAACCAUUUAGGAAUCCAAAGCCGGAGUAGGAAAAAUAUGUAUGGGAGAUAUACCCAGGAGCUGGGCGCCUAUGCUAAAGAGGAGGCGGCUCGCCUGCGGGAGGACUCGGGUCUGCGUCGCUCGGCCAGCGUGCGUGGACAGACCCCGGAGCCGCUCGAGGACGAGAAGGACGCGUGCACCAAGUGCCAUGACUGCGCCACGCGCUGCAGGAAGUUCCUGAUCUCGCGGGUGGGGGAGGACUGGAUCUUCCUCAUCCUGCUCGGCCUGCUGAUGGCGCUGGUGAGCUGGGCCAUGGACUACACCAUCGCCUUCUGCCAGCAAGCUCAGAAGUGGAUGUACGGGGGACUGGAUAGAAACAUGCUGCUCCAGUACCUGGCCUGGGUGACCUACCCCGUGGUCCUCAUCACCUUCUCGGCAGGCUUCACGCAGAUCCUGGCCCCGCAGGCAGUGGGUUCAGGGAUCCCCGAGAUGAAGACUAUCCUGAGAGGCGUAGUACUGAAGGAAUACUUGACCUUUAAAACCUUUGUGGCCAAAGUCAUCGGCCUCACAUGUGCCCUGGGCAGUGGCAUGCCCCUGGGGAAGGAGGGACCAUUUGUUCAUGUUGCCAGCCUGUGUGCUGCUCUCCUGAGCAAGUUCAUGGCCUUGUUUGGAGGGAUCUAUAUGCUGAAGGAAGAGCCCUUUGUGGGAACCAAGAACGAACUGAGGAACACGGAGAUGCUGUCUGCAGCCUGUGCUGUCGGUGUGGGCUGCUGUUUCGCUGCCCCGAUAGGAGGUGUGCUCUUCAGCAUUGAGGUGACGUCCACCUUCUUUGCGGUGAGGAAUUACUGGAGAGGCUUCUUUGCCGCCACCUUCAGUGCCUUCAUCUUCCGAGUGCUGGCCGUGUGGAACCAAGAUGAGGAGACAAUCACUGCUCUCUUUAAAACGCGUUUCCGCCUCGACUUCCCCUUUGACCUCCAGGAGCUUCCAGCAUUUGCUGUCCUUGGGAUUGCCAGUGGCUUUGGGGGUGCUCUGUUUGUUUACCUAAACCGAAUAAUUGUUGAAUCCAUGAGGAAGCAGAAAACAAUCAACAAGUUUUUACUGAAGAAGCGGCUGGUGUACCCUGCUCUCGUCACCCUGCUGGUGUCCACCCUCACUUUUCCUCCAGGGUUUGGGCAGUUCAUGGCUGGACAGUUAACUCAGCAUGAGUCUCUGGUGGCACUCUUUGACAACCGCACCUGGUACAAGCAGGGAGUAGCGGAGGAGUUUGACUUCCAGCCUGAGGCCUGGAAACACCCCCAGCUCAAUGUCUUCGUCACUCUCCUCCUCUUCGUCGUCAUGAAAUUUUGGAUGUCAGCAGUGGCAACCACCAUGCCAGUUCCCUGUGGAGCUUUCAUGCCAGUCUUCCUCAUAGGAGCUGCAUUUGGACGUCUCGUUGGAGAGAGCAUGGCGGCCGUUUUUCCUGAUGGCAUAACCGCCGACGGCACCGUGUAUCCCAUAGUACCUGGCGGCUAUGCAGUUGUAGGUGCGGCAGCUCUUUCAGGGGCUGUCACACACACCGUGUCGACAGCGGUGAUCGUGUUCGAGCUGACCGGUCAGAUUUCCCACAUCCUACCCGUGAUGAUCGCUGUGAUCCUGGCCAACGCUGUGGCCCAGAGCCUGCAGCCCUCGCUCUACGACUCCAUCAUCCGCAUCCAGAAGCUGCCCUACCUCCCCGAGCUGGGCUGGGGGCAGGAGAAGUAUAAUAUCAGAGUAGAGGACAUCAUGUUGCAGGACGUGCGUCACAUCACUCUCACCUCCACCUAUCGCCACGUCCAGGAUGCCGUGAGCACAGCCCAGCUCAAAACACUGGCCCUGGUGGAGUCCAAUGAGUCCAUGAUACUGCUCGGCUCCAUUGAGCGCUCCCAGCUCCAGUCCCUGCUCUCCCUGCAGCUGGGUCGCACUCGGCGGCUGGAGUUCCUGCGAGAACGGGCCCAGGACAACGGUGCCCACCUCCCCAUGCUGAUAGGCCAGGACAGCCCGCCCAAGGGGAGCCGCGGGGUCCGGUUCCUGAUCUCCACUGAAGAAUCGUCCUAUAGCCCAACUGUCUCCAACUCUCAGAUUCCUCUGAAGUCUGCACUAAAGACAGUGUCUGCUGUCGGCAACACGGACACACCCAACAGCUCCCAAACACUGUCCUGUGAGGACCCUGAGCAGGAGCUGGUGGAGAGCAAAGCUCGGGCCGUGGCUCGUAAGAGCAGGAGGCCCAGGCGAGUCAGGACCCCCUUGGCGGCUCCAGACGUGGAGGAUGACAUGACUACAGCUGAGAUUGCUGAGUGGGAGGAGAGACAGCUGGAUGAACCUGUAGACUUCAAGAACUGCAAAAUAGACCCUGCCCCUUUCCAGCUGGUGGAGCGCACCUCCUUACACAAGACCCACACCAUCUUCUCGCUGCUGGGACUGGACCAUGCUUACGUCACCAGUACGGGCCGGCUGGUGGGAGUCGUGUCUUUGAGAGAGCUGAGGAAGGCCAUCGAGGGCUCGGUGACAGUCACAGGUGUGAAAGUGCGCCCUCCACUGGCCAGCUUCCGUGACAGUGGCACCAGCACCAGCGUGGCGGAGGUGACCGAACUGCACAAGCUGUGGAAUCGGCACCGGAGCCUGUCGUUGCCACGGGAACCGAGCCCACCCGAAUUGGAGGACCAGUCGGACUUGGCCUUGGACGGCAGCCCAGUGUUCAGCAGGGACUGCACCGAGCUGUCCACUCAGAACACCACCCUGCAGUCAGAUGACCAAUCAGAGGUGGUAUGCGAGUCAGCCAGCCCCUCCCAUUCCCCAGAAACACUUCCAGAGUUGCCAUGUGACUAUGAUUCCACCCACCUGGAUGUGGACCAAUCAGGAGCUGAGGAGGAGCUUUGCCCUUCCCCGUCUGAAGAGCCGCCAGAGGAAGUGUGUGAAGCAGCUGAGACCGACACAAAGGAUCUUGUAGAAUGACUCUAACAUUCUCUUACUCUCUCCCUCUUUCUUUCCCUCUGUGUCGAUCUCUUUCUCCUCUCGUCCAUGCGCACAACCAUAGGAAGACAGGGUAGUCUGGACCUAGCGGGGACUCUUACAGGUGUGUGUCGGGGGUGGGGGCAGCACUGAUAACACCUUUAUCACCUCCAGAACCCAGAGACUUCCUCUCUCCAUAUCAUGUGUGUGUGGGUCAAAGAUAGAGAAAGCACACGUGUGUCAGGGAUGGAGGGAGCCACAAGAUCGGUGCAAUGCCAAGGGAAGCACAUGCACCAGUAUGGGGGCAUGUGUGAGGGAGCAUGUAAAGACUGUGAUUGUGUAUGUGUGUUUGUCUGUGUGUCUGUCUGUGUGUCUGUGUGUGUGUGUGUGUGUGUGUGUGUGUGUGUGUGUGUGUGUGUGUGUGUGUGUGUGUGUGUGUGUGUAUAUAUGUGUGUGUGCUGUGUGUGUGUGUGUGUGUGUGUGUGUGUGUAAGUGACUCAGCUGCAGCCAGCCCACAUACCCAUCUGGUGCUGACACUUUUAAUCUAAAUAAGAUUGUCUCUGAGAACGAAACUACAAUUUCUCUCCAAAUAUAGCUCCUAAUAACCCAAACUGAAGGGAAGGAGAGAGGGAGGGAGGAAUGAAGGGAGGGAUGGAUGGAGGGAGAACAAGAGAGGGGACUGGAGGAGACAGAGAAAAAUGGGAUGACGCAAGGAGAGACAGGCAGAGGAGAGGGAAGGAACGAGUGGGAAUAAAUGGGAAUAAACGACACGUUGUCACAAACAAGAUAAAUGCCACACUGCGGCAAAACCGCAGCCCUCUCCACACCACACCACAACCACACCACAACCACACCACACCGGCCAAGCCUAAGAGCCUGCAGCGGAAAAGGUCCUAAAGCACACUGUAAUUUACUCUACUACUACAAUGGCAUUUGUAUUUAGCACCUAAGAGUCUUCGUCUGAAUCCAAAGCAUACGUGUGUGUGUGUGUGUGUGUGUUGUUGAUCACAGGAGGUUAAGUGUUGAUGGGGGUUAGUCACAUGCGCUUGUACAUCAGUGUCGCCAGUCUGCCCUGAAGCCCAGGCGAGAGUGUCAAAGCGGUCUGUGAAUGUACUGCUCUUGUGUGACUGAUCGGUGUGGGUGGACACCCCUCUUGCACGUGUAAAUACCAACUCUCGUUGCUCUCUAAGCGUGCAAGUUGCACACGUUUGAGAGAGUGAGCUCGAAAAUAAAAUAAACUGUAAGAUCUGUAUGUAAAAAGACUGCGAUAUGCACAUGCAUGUGCAAAUAGAAAUCCCCCCCUCCCACCCCCAUCUUAUCCCACACACACACAUGAAGGCCAAGAAGCUUCAGCCAUACAGGUUAAACCCUGAACCUUGUGGCCGGUGAUGUCAAUAGAUCUAAUGUAGAUAACUUGUACAGUAGAGAGCGUAGUUUUUUAGACUGGGGUAGAACUGCAUUGGCCAGUUUAGGAAUACAAACAGUCCAAAAACUUACAAAUAGUGAGAGAAUGCUGUAUUUUAUUUUAUUUUUUAAGGAAGCUGUACUUGAUCCUGUGGGUCUAAUAAAUGUUGCCUUUAGUUUAAGUACAGCUUUUGAGUCCUUAGCAACCCACUGAGGUCUGGAUGACCACAAAUGCCUAACUAGGCAUCAUUACCCACUUCCUUAUGUUUGGUCUCGUUUUAAUUGCUAAAAUGCAAUAAAUGUCUACGUUUUGGAAUGUAUUGCCCGCCAUAUAAGAUUAUUUUUGGUGACCUUAUUAUAGAAUGUACUGUAUAGUGUUUUUAGACAACGAAGUGCACAUGCAGUAGAGAGAAGCAAUAAGUGCAUAAAUGGCCCUGAAUGCUCUUUAUAAUCCCAUUGAAGAAAUGUGAAUGAAAUUUAAACUUUAACUCCUAACAUGUAUAUAGAAAAUAUGCAUACAAAUCAACAGUUGACAUUAUUUUUAAGAAUACAUUGAAUUGUUUUGUACAUCAGUGACAUAUUAAAUUCAAUCUUUGAAGUUUAA